CAUUAUGACGUAAUCCAGUGAAAGAGCACGCGCUCUUCUCAACAAUGUCGACCACCAAAACACAGCAGCCGCGCCGCGCGCCUCCGUCCAGCAGAACACGAGCACAACCGAGCAAAUGAAAGCCAAAUCUCUUCGUUGAGCGAUCAGGAAGGUUUAGAGGAGGACAUGGCGGCUCAAGAACCCUCCCCCCCGACCUCCAUGGAGAACAAUAAGCCUGGGUUCCCAAAGAAGAUUCUGGCCAACAAACUUGAAGACAAACAUUUAUGCAACUGCUGUCAGAACAUUUUGAGAAGACCGUUCCAAGCGCAGUGCGGUCAUCGCUUUUGUUUUUACUGCUUCAACCGGACUGUUGGGUCUGGACCGCAGAAAUGCAAUGCCUGUAUCAAGGAGGACAUCUUCGAAGAGCCCACGUCGAUCCUCAUACAAGGAUGUGCGUUUCCCGACAAUGCUGCCAGAAGAGAAGUUGAAAAUCUUCCAGCUGUGUGCUUCAACGAAGGCUGCUCCUGGAAAGGCAGUAUUAAAGAUUAUGAGUUGAGCCAUGAGGGGAAGUGUGAGUUCAUGAUUCUGCCGUGUCCUUUGUGCAAAGAGCUGAUUAGACUGAACGAACAGGAGCGUCAUAAUGAACGCGAGUGUCCUGAGAGAACGCUCAACUGCAAGUACUGCAAAGAGCCAUUUCACUUCAAAAACAUCAAGGCCCAUGAUGAGAUCUGUCCCAAAUAUCCUAUGAUUUGUGAAGGAUGUGCGAAGAAGAAAAUCCCCAGAGAAAAGUAUGUUGACCACAUCAAGUUCUGCAGCAAGUUCAGGACUCCGUGCAGAUAUCAUGUGGUUGGCUGCGACUUGUCAGUGGAGAAGGAGAAGAUCCACGAUCACGAGCGUGCCUGUGCUCACGAACAUCUCAACCUGCUGUUGCACUACAUCAUGGGCAUGAAGGUCAGUCUGGAGGGUCUGCAGCCCCAAAGCCUGGAGCUGGCCGGUCACAAAGCACACGAGCUUCACCAGGCGCUCCGAGACCUGGAGACCAGAGUCAGUCAGCUGAGCGCCAUCCCCGGCCCGACCGGACCUCCCGUGCAGGGGGUCCCCUCCUCUUCAUCCUCAUCCUCGUCCUCCUCUGCGCCUCCAACCACGCUGCCCACCUCCUUCACCCCUCUGCCCAGCUCGGUGGGUGCAGCGCUGGAGCUCCAGCUGCACAGCGAGAAGACCAAGGUGGCAGAUCUGGGCCGUCGCUGCCAGGAGCUGGAGGUGAAGGCGGGGACAUUUGAAGACGUGGUCUGCGUGCUAAACCGAGAAGUGGAGCGCUUCGCAACCACCAUGGAGGCCAGCAACCGCCAACACAGACUCGAUCAGGACAAAAUCGAGGCCCUAAGCAACAAGGUUCGUCAGCUGGAGCGGCAGGUGGGCGUUAAAGACCUGACUGUGGCUGAAAUGGAGGGCAGAUUGCGGGAGAUGUCUGCCACCACGUUUGAUGGCGUCUUCAUCUGGCGGAUAUCAGAUUUCACUAAAAAGAGACAAGAUGCCAUUGCUGGACGGGCGCCUGCCAUGUUUUCACCCGCAUUUUACACAAGCAAGUAUGGAUAUAAGAUGUGCCUGCGGAUUUACCUGAACGGGGACGGGACGGGUCGUGGGACGCAUCUCUCGCUGUUUUUUGUGGUGAUGAGAGGAACGAGUGACGCACUGCUCAAAUGGCCCUUCAAUCAGAAGGUGACGCUGAUGCUGCUGGAUCAGAGUAACAGAGAGCACAUCAUCGACGCGUUCCGUCCCGACAUCACUUCCUCCUCGUUCCAGAGGCCUGUAAGCGAUAUGAACAUCGCCAGCGGCUGCCCGCUCUUCUGCCCGCUGUCCAAGCUGGAGGGCAAGAACUCAUACAUACGCGACGACACCAUCUUCAUCAAAGCCAUCGUGGACCUCACUGGCCUUUAGGUGGUCUACUUUCGUACGGCAUGGUGACGCAGGAUCUGCUUCACCACAGCAGGAGAUUUGUUCCACAACGUCUGUUUUGACACGUUUCCCUGCAUGUGCUAAUCCGUCACAAAUGUUGCACUGAUGCAUAGUUCCAGAAAUGGUUGGUUGAGCUCUGCAAUAGGAAAAAACUGUCUUGAAACACUGGAAUUGAACGUGAAGUCCGGUCCAGUCACAUAGAUUGCAAUGCAAAAUCGAAAGUAUAAUAGUUCAGCCAAAAAUUGUAGAUGAGUUUGUUUCUUUAUUAGGACAGAUUUAGAGAAAUGUAGAAUUGCAUCACUUGCUCACUAAUGGAUGCUCUGCAGUGAAUGGGUGCCGUCAGAAUGAGA